UGGCAUGUCAGACUGAGGCAUACGGAGCAGCGUUAGCCAGCAGGUCUUCUGUCGGUGUGGAUAUGAGAGGAAGUCAGAUGUGUUAACCUAGUAGUCCCCCGGUACACAGGCCACUGCAUCCAUCUAAGCGGUACUGUCCGACCGGCCCGGCGGCUGCUGUCGCUACCUCACUGGCUAGCUAGCUAGCUAACCCGCUCACUUCACCAGUUUAAGGCGGUCCAAGGGACGGAGGAAACGGGCCCUCUGGAUAGUACGACUCGGUUUGCAGCUGCCCUGCAAAUCCUAACACCGGGGUUAUUUUCUGGAGCUACAUCCUGCUGAGAUGGACAACCUAAGUGAUGCCCUGGAGAAGCUGAAGCUAGCGUCCAAAGACAGCGCCACUGACAGCGUGGACAGCUGUCUGGACUGCCUGCUGAAAGCACUCGCCAACAACCACACAGAGGCCAGUGUGAAGAUCCAGGAGAUGGGCGUUCUUACCAUGCUCCCCAUCCUGCUGACCCCCCAGUCCUCCUGCACCCCCAAAGUAGCCAACAUCAUUGCGGAGCUGGCCAAAAACGAAUUCAUGCGUGGUCCCUGUGUGGAGGCCGGCCUCAUCCCUCCUCUCAUUCAGCUGUUAACCUCCGCCGACCAGGAGGUGUUACUGCAGACCGGCCGGGCUCUUGGAAACAUCUGUUAUGACAGCCAUGAGGGCAGGAGUGCAGUUGACCUGGCAGGAGGGGCUCAGAUAGUAGCUGAACACAUUAAAUCCCUCUCCCAAAAUACUGAUCCGGAAAAUGAGAAGCUCUUGACUGUCUUUUGUGGCAUGCUGAUGAACUAUAGCAAUGAUAAUGAUUCCUUACAAGCUCAGCUGAUCAGUAUGGGUGUGAUUCCCACUCUGGUGAAGCUGCUAGGCAUCCACUCCCACAACAUAGCCCUGACAGAAAUGUGUCUAAUUGCCUUUGGGAAUUUGGCUGAGCUUGAGUCCAGCAAGGAGCAGUUUGCCUCCACCAACAUCGCUGAAGAGCUGGUGCAUCUGUUCCAGAAGCAGACGGAACACGAGAAGAAGGAAAUGAUUUUUGAAGUUCUGGCUCCACUUGCAGAAAACGAUGUGAUAAAGCUGCAGCUGGUGGAAGCAGGCCUGGUAGAGUGUCUCCUGGAGGUGGUGGCUCAGACUGUGGAUGGAGAGAGAGAGGAGGACAUUGCUCAGCUCAAGACUUCCUCAGACCUCAUGGUUCUCCUGCUGCUGGGAGAUGAGUCCAUGCAGAAGCUGUUUGAGGGGGGAAAGGGCAGCGUCUUCCAGAGGGUUCUGUCCUGGAUCCCAUCCCAUAACCACCAGCUGCAGCUAGCGGGGGCUCUGGCCAUCGCUAACUUUGCACGCAACGACGGGAACUGUAUACACAUGGUGGACACCGGGAUUGUGCAGAAGCUUCUGGAGCUGUUGGACCGCCACGUUGAUGAAGGCAACGUCACCGUGCAACAUGCAGCACUGAGCGCCCUGCGUAACCUGGCCAUACCUGUGGUGAACAAAUCCAAGAUGCUGUCAGCUGGAGUUGCAGACGUGGUGUUGAAGUUCUUGCAAUCAGAGAUGCCUCCGGUCCAGUUCAAGCUCCUGGGGACGUUGCGUAUGCUCAUCGACACACAAGCUGAAGCCGCAGACCAGCUGGGAACCAAUGGGAAGCUGGUGGAACGGCUGGUGGAGUGGUGUGAAGCCAAAGAUCACGCGGGGGUGAUGGGCGAGUCCAAUAGGCUGCUGUCGGCCCUUAUCCGGCACAGCAAGUCCAAGGAAGUCGUUAAAACUGUCAUCCAGGGAGGAGGAGUCAAGCACUUAGUCACCAUGGCAACUAGUGAGCAUAUGAUUAUGCAGAAUGAAGCGCUGGUGGCUUUGGGGCUCAUAGCAGCACUGGAUUUGGUCGCAGCUGAGAAGGACUUUGUGGGAUCCAGCCUGGUGUCGGUGCUCCACAAGCUGCUGUUAGACGAGAGGAGCGCUCCGGAGAUCAAGUACAACUCCAUGAUCCUCAUCUGCGCCGUCAUGGGAUCAGAGCCUCUCCACAAAGAGGUGCAGAGCCUGGCGUUCAUCGACGUGGUGUCUAAGCUGCGGGCUCACGAAAACAAAACGGUGUCCCAUCAGGCGUCGCUCACAGAGCAGCGGUUAACAGCCCAGAGCUAAAUGACUGUCCAACCCCCCCCCCCCCCCCCCCACACACACACACACACACACACACACACACACACACACACACACACACACACACACACACACACACACACACACACACACACACACACACACCCAUCCCUCCCCAAGGCCUGCCUGACGACCUGAUCACCCAAUGACUCCCCAUGACUACUCCCCCCUGUGCCCCAUCAUCAUUUGCCAAGGUACCAUGUCUCGUUAACUGCCAGCCAAUCACAGUCUUUUCUUUCCCCCGCCCCUCCGCCAGGGUUAGACUGAUGUCUAUCCGGAUUGCCAAAUCUUAAUCAUAAGGCCUUUAUUUUAAAUUUGCCCACAUUUAAAUCGGAGUUAGAGUGGAACUGCCUCUGAAACAGUUUUAGACGACUGUGGGACACCAACACUCUGAAAGCCAUAAUCAUUUAUUCGGGUUGGUUAGCACGUCCUCAAUGUCGGUUUAAUUUCAGCGUUUUGAAAGCAACCCUGAUCACCAUUCACUUACCGGUUUAUCUUCUUUCUUUAUGUACCGACCCAUCAGUCUAACCCUGGUCCCAUAGUGUACUUGUGCAUGCAUCUACUGCCACAAGUAGCUCCACCGGAGCCCAGGCGCCAUAAACAGCCUAACGCAAUAGAUAAGAGACGACACUCUCUACGACCAUAGCUGUGAUGCCAUCCGCAGGUAACCCACCAGUGAAAAAUGUGCACAAAAGAACAAAAAAUAACCUUCCUGUUGUGAUUUUUCUUUUGUUUUUAAGAAAAGCAGCCAACCAUGAUGUGCCCAGUCGUGUCCCAUGUAGCUCGAGUAUAAAUUGACUAGAAACUGUGCAUGUUUUAGUCCUGUUGAAGGUGUGACAGUGUUCUCUCCAUGGCUCGCAAAACACCACCUGCCCUCCUCCACUCACACCUCCAGUCGUGUACGCUCCUUUUUGCUUUUUGCACUUGUUCUGUAAGAUCUAGAAAUUUGAUCAGAUUUUUUAUUCCACUGUUGUCCAAACAUACAACAGCUGUACAAUGAAGCUAGAGGCUCAUCAAAGGCUCCAUCCCAUCGCUGACAGAGCAUUAUAUGAGCAGAUAGUUGAGAAAGGACUGCUUUUGUUCGUCCAGUUAAGCUGAGAGCGGCCGAGUUGAAGACCAAAAUAGGUAAUUGAUAGAGGAAAUGCUGGCAGUGUCCCGUCUUGUGCUGCAGGAUGCUACGAAGAGUGCCUAUCUUAGUUUGCCUGAUUAGUUAAACUUUUUGCGCACCCAGAUUUCUACAAAUAAGUGUUCCUUGUAGCACUGUUUUCAAGCUACAGAAAAUAUCGAUCAAAAGAUCAUUUUUUAAAGUAUCUUUGAAUGGGCAUGAGACCGUGGAGUUAGCAAUGAAUAGCAGCCAUGAUCAGAAAGUAAGAGUAGGCAUAAGAAUAGCGCGCGAUAACAUGGAAAUCACUAAAGUGCAGCACUGUCUAACUCUGCAGGAAAAGCAGGAGUGUCAGCUUAAAGUAGGACAGAGAGCGCCCACUGUUCCUACAUGUGUGCACAGUUUGAAUGUGUGUUGUGGAGCAAAGUCUGGGGUCUUGUGAGGACAGGUGACUGAAUGGAGCAGCACUACAACUCUCUCUGUUUGGGUGUUCUAGUCUAAGGGAUUUCCGCUAACAUGUCAGCAUGUCCGACACUGUACCAAUGCUCCAUUAACAGCCACCAUGUGUUUCCUGGUCUGGGCCAAUGCUUAUUUUUUUCUUGUUUCUUUUUUUAAAAAGGUAUGAAUGGUUAUUUAUGAGAUGUGUGCUCUUCUAAAGACACAUGCCUGUGGAGAUGUAUCCAUAGUAACUGCGUAAAAUACUAUAAACUUAAGUGUUUGUUGUAAAUGUCAUGAGUUGUACAUUUGGAGGAUUGUAACUCAGCAGAUAAUAAAAGAUGAUAGCUGGUGA